AUGAGCCUGCUAGGAAUGACUGCUGCUCGCUCCAGUGAAGAAGUUCAACAGUCAACUGCUAGUGUGGCCGCGAACGUGUCCACUGCAUCAGGCUGCUCAAGUUUUGCUCGUUUCUUUGACCAAACCGAUUUUCAUGUCAUGUUUCCCGAUGCUGUGGAUCUCUAUAACUUUAAUGGUCUAGUGAAUGCUGCCAGCAAGUUCACCACAUUUGCCAGCACUGGUAAUGAUAUUAACGACAGACGUGAAUUGGCGGCCUUUUUAGCCCAGACGGCUCAUGAAAGUGAUCGUUUCAAGGCUGCUGAGGAGUACGCCAAGGAUACGUACUCGGUGGACCAAUACUGUGACAGCAGAUUGUACCCUUGCGCUCCAGGUCGUCGUUAUCACGGUCGAGGUCCGAUACAACUCUCGUGGAACUACAACUAUUAUAACGCUGGCAAAUAUCUUAAAAUUGAUCUUGUCAAUAAUCCAGAUAUUGUGGCACAAGAUACUGUCGUAACAUGGAUGACUGCACUCUGGUUUUGGAUGACGCCGCAGAAGGAUGGGCUUAUUAUUCACGAUGUCGUCACGCGCGACGACGGGUUUGCUAAAUCCACCGACAUCAUUAAUGGUGGUCUUGAGUGCGGACCGGACGCUCCGAACAAAAAGAGUGAAGAACAGCGUAUCAUGAACUAUAUUCAGAUGUGUGAGGCAUUGAAUGUGCAACCACUGGGCAAGGUCUCGUGCAACGCGUAG